UGGGUUCGAUCGAAGCGCAGACCGCGAAACCGGCGCGCGCGCAGCGCCACCGUCGCUCCUCGAAGGACGAGCGCCGCCGCGGUUGCCGCCACCGCCACCCCCAGCGCCGCGACGCCAGUUCCAGUGGGCAGCGCGGGUCGUGACGCACGCACGCACUUGGUAACGCGAGAAGGGCAGCACACGAGUAGCGCAGCAGCCGGAAAGGGUGCAGAAUCAGCCGCCAGCCAGCCAGCCAGCAGCCAAGAUGUCGGAUAAGAAGUCCGAGUAUUAUACGCGCCCGCCAAAGCUGGGCAAAUGGGAGGGCUUCAAGCAGUUCCUGUGGAACUCGGAGACCUCGCAAUUCAUGGGCCGCACCGGCUCCAGCUGGGCCAAAAUCCUGCUUUUCUACGUACUUUUCUACGCCGCUCUGAUAGGCUUCUUCGCCGCGAUGCUGGCCGUAUUCUAUCAGACCCUCGACGCGAAGAAACCCAAAUGGAUGUUGGAUGAAUCCCUCAUCGGUAGUAAUCCAGGGUUGGGCUUCAGGCCGAUGCCACCAGACAGCAACGUGGAGAGUACGCUCAUUUGGUACAAAUCAAACGACCGAGGCAAUGUACAAUACUGGCAGGAGGAGUUGACCAACUUCUUGGAGGUGAAUUACAAAAAGGAGAAACUACCGCACGCCUCCAACAUCGAGAACUGCGCUGGCAAGCAGGAACCGGAACCGGGACGUGUUUGUGAUGUGGCAAUGGACAACAAAUGGGCGCCGUGUCUCGCACGUGACGGAUUUAACUACAAUUCGAGCAUCGGUGGGCCGUGUAUCUUCCUCAAGCUAAACAAGAUUUACGGCUGGAAACCAGAAUACUACAACAAUACUGGUCUCCCACCUAAUAUGCCACCACAUCUCAAGGAGCAGCUGCAGAACAUGAACUACGGGCCCAAUGAAUAUGCGCACAAAUUUGUGUGGGUCACUUGUGAGGGUGAGAAUCCGGCUGAUAUCGAAAACAUCGGCCCGAUUCAGUUCUUCCCAUCGGCGGGCUUCUCCGGCAAGUACUUCCCGUUCAUGAAUCAGGACGGCUAUCUCAGCCCACUUGUCGCCGUAUACUUUGAGAAACCUACACGGGGUGUCUUGAUAAAUAUCGAAUGCAAGGCGUGGGCGCGAAACAUUUACCACGAUCGUGUCGAUCGCCGCGGCUCGGUGCACUUCGAACUGAUGGUCGAUUAAGCUACUCGCCGCCGCCGCGAGCAGCGAGCAGCGAGCGAACGGCAGAAGAACGCCGCCGACAACGCAUCAUCCUCCCCGCGCACGUAUUACAUCAUUGUUUAAAAACUCAACAACCGACAAAACUCAACGCACCAGCUCGAAGCAUACCAAACACGCUGAAGCCCAACAACAUUCAUCAACACGAACAACAUCGGACAAAACGAAGGGCGUUGAGUCAUUUUAGGGCUUUAACAACUGCCAUCUUACUCAAAUUGUUAAAAUAUUACUAAUAGUAACGAAAAAACAAAACAAACAAAAAAAUAACUAAGAUUAACGAAGAACAAAUGAAAGAUGAGCGGAGAAAAUGUUGACAACUGAACAUCUGAACAAUAUUUUUUUCGUUUCUAGCGCGUAUAAAAACGAAAGAGCAGGUUUAAGAGAAAUACCUUCGUAGUGCAUAUAAAAUAAAUUUUUAAUUAAAUUACCAGUAAAAAACAAACAGGAAACCAUCACCUUUGUGAACAAAAUGCAACAACCAAUAAGAACAAAUGAAACAAAACAUACUAAACAAAUUAAAUUACCAAUUAAUUAAUAAAUCUUAAUAAGUCUUAAGAAGCGUGACGGUCUAGCUAGGAUUAGAUAACAUACAAACUAAAAUUACUAAUUAAUUAGUUGAAGUUCAAAACUAUUUCAGAAACAGAGAAAAACGCAGGAGAAUAAUGCAAAGUCGUGAGGAUACUGUCGAGUAGGCAACCAACCAUUCACACAAACAGAAGACACACGAUUUCACUAAUUGUAAUAAAUCCAAAAAAAAAAAUGUAAUGAAAACAAAAAAAACGUAGACGACUUUGUCAGAAAAUGUAAGAAUUUAAGAAACGAUGUAAAUGCGCAAAACAAAUGCAAAACGAACGACGCACGCGGUGCGUUGCAAAACACACACACACGAAGGUUCAAUGUAUAAACCAAUUGAGAAACCAAAAAAAAAAAGAGGAGGACAUAAUUCUGCCAUCUGCCAUCGUACUUACUUACACAUUCGUUUUGGUAGUACGUUUAGUGAUUACAAAUGUAAGACAAAAUAAAAACACAUUAAUAAGAAGAUGGCGGCGCGCCAUCCGUGUUCGAGGGCGCGACGCGUUUUCGUCAGGUUAGAGAUUACGAGAUUAUUCGCUUAUUACUUAUUAAUAUUAACGAUGAUAAACUGGAUGAAAUCGUGAACAAAUCGUGUCGCUACAACCUAUUUAGCUACUAUUACUUAGGACAAAUGAUGUUUUGUUUACGAAACGCGAACGAAACAAAAGUGUUAUUUAUGAAGCAUAGAGGAGUGCGUGAUGUAUGCAACCAAAUGUACACGCGUACACGCCCCAUACACACAACACACACUCAUAUACAAAACACACACCACACACACUUGCUAUGCGCCUGCGCGCUGUGUAUAAAAUUACAAUGUAAAAGUAAGGUUAAUUGCAUACAACAAACAAGCGAACGUUGAUACAAAAACGCGGCACGUUUUACCGGUAUGAUUUUCUCGUUUCGAAUCGAAAUGCAAACAAACAGCACGAAUACCAAAGAUAAAACGCAGAGCAUAUACACUAGGCGAGAAAUAACAAAUACGAGAUAAUUUAUUGUUACCCUAAUUAUUAUGUGUAUAAAAUAAUAACAAAGAACUAAUAAGAGGAUGAAUGAGAUAAAUAAUAUGUAUUAAGAUGUGUGAGACGAUUUUGCGACAACCGAAACAAACGAACAACCAAACAAGAAACAAGCAAGCAAAACAAAUCUAAUUAAUACUUAACACUAAACUAAAUAUGGUGAAAAUAUUGCAAAUAUUUGAAGAAAAUGAGAAAUGAUAAUAGACGAAAUAUUAUACUAUUAUUAAGUGUUUGUUGAGAAAUAAUAAAUAUCUAAAUACGAAACAAUUGAAACCAAACCACAACCGAGGGACGAUUCGAGAAUUGUUUUCUGUUCGUUCGCACACUCACACAACACACACGCCGUACGAUUAUUAUUAUUCGCAUUGGUUCAUCAAGUUUUGCUUUUAAGCGAUUAGUUUGCAACGUAUCACGCUUUCGGUUUUGAUCUUGUUUGAUUCGUUCGACUCGUGCGUUGCAAGACGAUUUACGAUUGGUUUAGUUUAAGGGUUGAUGGAACACAGGACAUGAAAAGACAUGCGCGUUGCGAUAUCGUUGAAUGUUAUAAUGCAAAACAAAAAUGAGUAAAAUUUAGCAAUUAAUCUAGGUGAAAAGUAAAAAAUAAUAUUUAAUGAAGAAAAAAAAACGUUAGAAACUGCCCGGCCAUUCGUUCAUUGUUCAUAAAGUAUAUAUAUAUUUGCUCAUCGUUUGGUUUCGAGCGUGUCUUGCGUUCGAUCUGGUUUUCGUUUGCGUUCUUGCGUCGACAUUUAUUGUUUUCGUUGAUGAAAUGCGUACGUAGUUUUACUUUACGUAGCAUUUAAUUACAUUAGUUAACGAUGACUAUGUUAUGUGUAUUGCAAUUUGCCAAAAUGCAAUAAAUAAAGAGCGCAAAAAAAACUUUAAAAAAUA